AUGAAAGAGGACGAGGAGGAUGGUGGAAUUUCAGUGGAUUUCGAUCAAUGUACACAUGAAAUAAACUUCUACACUUCCUGUUUGGAAGAUCGAGGGAGCGAAUGUGGAGAUGUUUCUCGAUCCGACUCAGCCGUUUGUCUCAACUCGGCUCGGGAACCAUUCCCCACCGUUCUACAAAAGUUUAACACCUCCAGAAAAGAUCAUCAAGUACACACGUUUCCGGAAAUUAAUGUAAAAAUAUGUCAAAAGUAUAGGAAGGAAAUGGAGAGACAGAGGAAUGGAACAGAUAGCUACUUGCUCACACAUCAACGAUUGGCGACUCAUCUGAUUGAUUUCGUUGAUAUUCCGUUGAAGAAGAACACUGAGCGUCGGAUAUGGACGGACCGAGUAACUUCUCCGUUAUACACAAUGAGUGAGAGUGGGUUGGAAGUGAACUCGGAUUAUUUUUUCCCCGGAGAAUCUCCAUACGCAGCUAUCCAGAAAUCAUUUCUCCGAUCCAUAGCGGACAAUCUCACAAGAAGCCAUAGAAAGCUGAUAGAAAUUUGUGACUUUGUGGAGAGAUGUGAAGAGCACAGUCAAUUGAUGCUGCCUACUCUAAUUGCGGUUCUCUGUGAUUGGGUCAAUGGAUUUUUACGAGACCACACUAUGAAGUUGGACGGCUUGAGAGCAGAAAGAUUGGAUGAUCCUCUCCAGACGUUGGCCAGACUCACUGAAAUUGUAGAAGAUGUGGAGAUUGUGAGAGCAAUGAUUGGAGAGGAUGCAGAAAGACACGUAUGGUUGUGGGAAGAUAUUGAGAGGUCUUGGAAUCGGGUGUUCAUAUUAACACAGCAAGAAGCGAUUGUCAAAAAAAGAAAAGUUGUGGAGAAAUUUCAAAAGAAAUGGAUCGGUGCGCUGUUGUCAACGAUGGAUCACAUUUUCGAAACGGGAAAAGUGCCGGCAGGAAUUGUACAUUUUGUAUUGCACAAGUGA